AUAAAUUACUAUUAAUUACUUAGUCUUACUCUAGCAUUCUCAUAAUUUCUAUUGGAAAGUAAACAUACAUAAUUAUCAAGAUAAUUAUCUCAUAGAGAAAGGGAAAUUCUUGCACUCUAUUACUCGAAAUGGAUAACGUUAUUUAGAUUGCGUCGUCACUCAUUAGUAAAUCGACUUGAAAAGUUUGUGCUUAUUUGUCUUAUACAAAUGUUUGUAAAUGUCUUCUCUGUAUUGCAUGAGGCUGAAGUGGUGCUUGUAUAGGCAGUAAUUUGGAUUAAGAUGAAAAAUACGCAGUUAUGGUUUCGUGGUGUACGUACAUCAAAGUUUCGACAUGUAUAUGGAGAGCCAGCAAAACGCGAAAAAUGUUACGACAACAUCACAAUUACAAAAAACGCGCAUGAUUCUCAAUUUUGUGCGGUAAAUCCCAAAUUUCUUGCUGUCGUCACAGAAGUAGCAGGCGGGGGUGCAUUUGUUGUUCUUCCGAUAGACAACACGGGAAGGUUGGAUUUUAAUUCCUUUCGAGUAACCGGCCAUCGCGGACCGGUGUUGGAUAUAAAAUGGGACCCCUUUAAUGACAACAUUAUUGCAUCCUGUUCGGAUGAUGGCACUGUGAAACUUUGGCACAUUCCUGAUGGAGGAUUAGGGACGCAUCUUACGGAUUGGCUCCUGGAAUUGGUUGGCCAUAAACGCAGAGUUGCGUAUAUUGAAUGGCAUCCAACUGCUGAAAAUAUCCUUUUUAGUGUUGGCUUUGACCACUUGAUCAUCGUCUGGGAUAUUGAAAAGGGCGAAGCUAUCAACGUUUUAGAUUUACAUUCCGAUGUAAUUUAUUCCAUGUCAAUAAACAGAGAUGGCAGUUUAUUAGCAACCACGUGUAAAGAUAAGAAAUUGCGUAUUAUUGAACCACGAAGUGGAAUUGUAAAAUUGGAAGGUGUAUGUCAUGCAGGUUCAAAAGCAAGCAAAGUCGCCUUUUUAAACGGCGGAAAACUAAUAACAACUGGAUUUUCCAGACAUUCUGAUAGACAGUACUCUAUUUGGGACGAAAAUGAUCUAUCACAACCUUUAGUAACGGAUACAAUUGACAGUUCAUCCGGUGUAGUAUUUCCAUUUUAUGAUCCCGAUACAAAUAUUGUUUUUCUUGCUGGAAAAGGUGACGGUAAUAUUAGAUAUUACGAGAUUGUCGACGAGCAUCCUUACGUGCAUUUUCUAAGUCAAUUUUUGUCGGGAAAUCCACAAAGAGGAUUGGGUGUUAUGCCGAAAAGGGGUUUGAAUACAAGUGUUUGUGAAAUUUAUAAGUUUUACAAACUGCACACGAGUAGAAACAUAUGUGAACCUAUCAGUAUGAUAGUUCCAAGAAAAAGCGACCACUUCCACGAAGAUCUGUACCCAGACACUGCAGCUGCUAAACCAGCCUUGACCGCUCAGGAGUGGAUAAACGGUCGGAACUCCAUGCCCAUUCUAAUGUCGUUAAGAUCAGGUGCAAAUAUCGAUCUUCCAACUAAACCUGUAGCACUUACGUUAAAGACAACGCCACUUCUCUCCCAGGAAAAUAAUAAGAAGAAGUUCGCGUUUUUAUCGACAACUACCACACCAGACUAUAGAUCCAAAGAUGAGAUUUUAUCUUAUUUGGAAAAAAGUCAAAAAACCACCAAUAACCAACAUACGAGAAUUCAGCAACUGCAACAGAAGAUUAAUAACUGUACAAUUGCAAGAGACGAUGACCUAAUUUUAAAGCAAUUAACGAAUUAUAACAAUAUUAAUAUAGAUGAGUUAAGGAAAGCGUUCCUAAGACAAUCGGAAGAGUUGCGUAUGGUUCGUAUGCAACUACUCAACAGUGAAAGUAAAGUAAAAGAAUUAGAGGACCAUGUGCGACGACUAGAAAGACAGAUAAGUUUGUAAUACACUCUGCAUAUAAAAAAACAAGUACGGAAAAUACUGUUCCUUAAUUUUACAAUGUUAAUAGUAUUAUUGUUUAACAAGGCAUAAAUAAUUGUACGUUUAGUAAGGAUGGAUGAGGGGUACAUGCUUUGCAACCCAAGUCGCCCAGGUGACCCUUACUUAACAAAAGAAAUUUUAAUUAUGCUUUGGUAGUAUUAUGCAGCCAACCAGGAUGUUUUUUGCACCUGGAUGGUUAUAUCAUGCUUUAUGGCUGAAAAUGCGGGCUACGAAUACUGUCGAACAAUUAGAAAAUAUUCAAGCUUCAAUGAAGUGAAAUGUUUGUUUUGCUUGCUUCUGAAAUCGUAACAAUGUGCAAAUUUGUUUAUUUUUAUGUACAAUCACAUUCCUCACCAAUUUUUGGUUGUGGUAUUUACAUGACCUAGUUGACAGCUUUCUAGCUUCUUGGAUACCUAUAAAUGCUGUGAACCAAAGUAUAAUCAAACAUUGGAAAAACGCAGGGAGAAAUGUAAGGACCAAAUUGACAAAGAUGUGCACUAGUCUACACAGUAAUGUGUACCUAUCAAUAAGUGAGAUCACUAUCAAAACAUGUCAUUUGCUUUGACUACAAUACGUGGCAGGAUGAUUCCACACCCACCCACUGGGACACAGCUAUUAAAAAUCUAAUUGUUACAAGUUGUGUAAUUGUUUUGUACUAAUUCGAUAUUAUUAAACAGAGUGUAACACAUAAGUAAAUAUAUAAAUAAAUCAAGGGUACAAAAGUA